UCAUGGACCUCAGAUGGAUCGUUGCUGUACUUUUAGAGGUGAUUCCGAUGUGCGUUUACUUCAGCGAGAUUUAUCUUCAUUGUAAUGGCGCGAAGGAGUCCUUCGAUUACGUGACAAUAGGAGCGGCCGCCGCGUUAGCUCUCACCAGGCUCGUCGUACCUCGCGUCCAUCGGGAGAAAUUGCUCGAAUUAGUCACGUCCAUGACGAACGACUGGGCCACGCAGAAAGACAAAAAGAUACGUUGGAUCAUGAACAAGUACGCGGCGAUGUCGACGCGCGUGACGACGCUCACCUUCGUUCUGGUGAGCGUUAUAAUCGCGGUCUAUGUCUCCGUGGCGGUGUCGGCGAUCAUCGCAAAGAUUCACAAGGUCGACAACGUGAGCGCGAGAAUUCAAUCUUGCGUGUUUCGGAGCGAGGCGUCGCGCCAGACGUUCAUAGUGAUCCAGGCGAUGCAGAUGCUCGUCACCGGGAUAUCGACCUUCGGCACGACAAGCUUCUUCUUCGGACUGGCUAUGCAUCUAUGCGCUCAGUUCGACGCUCUCGGUGUCAAAUUGUCGGAAAUCCGAGUUGGCAAGACGCGCAAUCGCGAAAUCGCCAAAACGGUCGAGAGACACUGUCAUCUCAUUCGUUUGGCCGAGUGCAUGGAGAGAUCGUUCAACGCGAAUGUCCUGAUAUAUCUGUUCGUUACCACGACUCUUAUGUGCAUCAACGGCUUCCAACUGAUCGUGUCGUUGCAAUUCGGCAACCUGUCCAUGAUCGCGCAUCACACGAACGUUCUGCUGCUCAUGAUGAUCCAGUUGUCGUUUUACACGUACGCCGGUGAUCGCUUGGAGAUGAAAAGCGCCGCACUGGCUUACGCCACUUAUGAAUGCGAGUGGUACAAGCUGCCGGCAAGCGUUGCCAAAGACUUUCAGAUUAUUCUGUUGCGAGCCAGUAUUCCUCAUCAACUUACGGCCGGUAGAUUCGUGCCUAUGAACAUGAUGACGUUCAAAGACAUUUUGAAGUCCACAGCGUCGUAUCUUUCGGUUCUGCGUGUUAUGCUGGAUGAAUAA